GUACUAGUUAGUAGUAGAGUGGGCCUAGGCCUAGUAGUAGUUUGGCAGUCAUAGUAGGCUAGGCCAGCAUCUGUUAGCAAGCAGUACAGUAGGCCUACGCCUAUGCUAGGAAACCGUUAGAUCAAUAUGGCUGCAGCCGCAGUGAAAGGUAGUGUUCCUGAGAAGCUGGAGUUCGUGUGGAGCCUAGCUGCACUUGGCUCUCAAACAGCGUUUGACACUGGCGAACUAAAAUUCAUAUUCAGUCAAAACACGGGGCAGCCUGCCCACCAAUAUUUGAGAAACAAAUGGUUUUCUUCUACUAAUUUUGAAAAACCUGAACUUUCAACAACAGGGCUACUCGCAUUCUCUGUGAUGGCAGCAUCAAAGGGUGCCCGGCAGCUGCGAGACAGUCUUCAGGUUGCUUUGACGAUAAUAACUGCAAAAGAUCAUGAACGUUACUUCCAACGAAUUCCUGCAUUAACUCAACAUCGAACAAUGUUCAGAGCAUAUGUUGAUUUCUGCCUUAAAUUUAUUAAUGUUUGUGACUCUAAGACUGGAGCAUUAAAUCAGGAUAUAGAAGUAGUUAUGGUGUGGAGUCGGUUAUUGGAGCCUUUAGGGGAGAUGCUGAACAUGGCAUUUAAAGAUCACACACAGAACACAAACAGCCAAUGGCUAAUGAACAUCCCUAAACCACACAACUUUGAGAACAUCAUAGAAAGAUUGAAGACUUUAGUAGCAGAUGGAAUUUAUGAGCAAUUUUAUUGCUAUGAUUUUGAUGGAGAUCAGAGAUUCCAGAGUGGAGUACAACAGAUCUUGUCACGGCUGGCUGGGAAACAAGAAGCUGGACAACAGCAAAGUCAAGACCUCUUGCUACAAGCUAAGCUGUUCUACUUCUCAAGAUUUUUUCAUGAGAUUGGACUGCAAGGAUAUGAGACAUGGCUAAAAGAAAAGUGCAUUGAAACUUAUGAUACUAUUCCUCAAAAUGAGGAGACAGAUGAAGAAAAUGAGGACAUAAUAAAGGACACCGAUAAGGAGGAUGACGAACAUGUAGAAGAGGUAGCAAUAACUGAAAGUGACACACAAGAAUCUGAAGAGAAUGAAGAUGAAAAGGAUGAAGCUACUGAAAGUGAUGAGAUAGAUUCUGAAAAUGACAUAAAUAUUAAUACAGAGAUGAUCCCUGAAUUAGAACCAGAAACAAUGAUACUCACUGAUGAAGAAAAAGUCAAGAAAAUGGGAGAUGCAGAACAACAGCAGCUAUCUUCCUCUGCACUUGUUACAGCAGGGGGAGCAAAUACAGAUGUUGGAAUUGAACUUUCUUCUGUUGCCUCAGGCAUCACCAGGAACACUUCUUCAGAGACAUCAGUGGCACGUGAAAGCAGUUUAAAUACAAAUUUCACAGUUGACCCCAAACAGGAUGUUGCCAUAGCAACAGGAGAGUCAAAGGAUGAAGUUGGUACUAGUGAGUAUCGACCGUCAUUCAUGCAAAUACUACAAUUAGUACAAGAUGGUAAAGAAAUUCCUGGAGUAGAGAAACUGGUCAUAGAACCAACAAACAAUUCUCCUACAGAGUCUAAGAUGGAGCUUACUGCAAAACCAUGGCAACAUUAAUCAUGUGACCAUUAAAAUUAUUUGUGCCUAUUAUUUUUGAUUGAGUAUGAAGUACAGUAAUGUUUUGAGUAUGAGAGUUGUGAAUGGAGUAUGCUUAAAGUGCUUCUCCUGAACUGCAAUUGUAAUGAUCCAUGAAUGACAGCCAAUUAAAAAUACAAUACUCACGACGUUUAAUUUUCUACCAAGAAUAGAAGAAUGAAUACAGCUUGAGAAUAAUUACGAUGAUCAGUUCAUGGGAGACAACUUUAAGCUACUUUAUAUGAUUAUGUGCAAUUGAUUCAAAGUAUUUAUCUGAUUUGACUGAAGAAAUUAAAAUAAACUGUAUCUGACACAGUGACUACUGUAUAACCAUAAACUUGCUAAAUAACCAAAGUAUUAAAAAUUAUUCAAGAAUAUUAUCACUAAAAGUGAACAAGACCAAAUGCCAAAAAUAACACAAUAUUUAGUUUUAAAAUAAUAUAAAAUGGCAAUAUAGCAAAAUACAAUUGAAAACAACAUUGAGUGGCAAGCUGAAUAAGGAUACUGUAUGCCUAGCCUCUCUAGGAUUUGGCCUGGAGAGGUUUGGCCUGUCUAGCAGUAGACUGAAUUAGUCACCAACACAAAGUGGUUACAGUGGGUAUGACAUCAAAACAAACCACUAAUUGGUAGUAUUUUCACACAAUAAUAAGCCUCCUCUCGAAUAAAUUUUGACAGUUUUAAGACUCCUCAAACGUAUUUAUUCGUAAAUUUUAUCGUAAAAUAACUAUCAAAAACCUUGGUAAAUAUUUAAUAAACGUCAGAAUUUUGACCCGUUAGAUUUGAAAUGAAGUGAAAUAAACUGAUGGAAAACACAGGCCUAGACUAAAGAGUCAUACAAACAACGUUCUUCUGACUCAUUGGCCAUCGUAGUAAAAAAACGUCUUAUUCUACAAUUCAGCAAUUGCAACAAAAUGACUAGGUGACAGCAUUUAAGCUCAAUGUGUACCUCUAAAUGUACAGAGAUUGUCUUAGUCAGCACUGGAUGUGGCAAGUUUCGCGAGUGAUUGUCCUAGGCUCCCUAGAAGUCUCUCAAAACACUUCAUAUUUUUAGUCUGAAUCGAAAUGUAAGUCAAAUCAACCUUAGACUCAUGAAUCUAUGAAUCAUUCAAAAUGUAUACAUUGUUAUAAAAAGUAUCUUCUAUGCUAUCUUCAUUACAUUUUAGACGAUUUAACAUACACCAUUUUCGACUCCACUCAAUGCGUAUAGCAUGGGAGACUUUGGCAAGGUAAACAACUUUAAUACCCACUUGGUGAAAAUGUGAUGCAUCAUAUUUGGUGACUAAUUCGCUCUGUUGGAUAUAUUGUAACAAUAAAGUGUAAAUAGACUAUAAUAAAAUAUGGUUUUUAUCUACAUAUCUUUUUAAGAGGCCUAAUGAUUCGAUUUUGCAUAGGUUUUUGAAACCAGUUUAAGUAUCCAUUUGGAUGGACAUUACAAAUACAACUGGAAUGAAUUAAUUUUGUUUCAAGACACUGUCUUGUCUGUAUGGUUGUGGCACUAUAAGCAUGGGACAAAACAAUUUAGAUUUUAGUCGCUGUCCAAUUACAGGGUGUAUAAAUGCUUAUGUAUAAUGUUGCUACUGCUAUUAUAAUACUCAUUGGUAUAAUUUUUCAUCAUGUUGCAGUUUAAUAUUUCAUAUGCUCAUUUAAAUAGCAUGUAGCAGUCACCUUUUAGAGGAAUGAACAGAACUAUAUGUCAACAAAUAUAAAAGGGAGAACAACAUUGAUUAUGAUACUCAUAACUAAAAGGAGGUUUAAAUUGCUGUAAUAAAUUAUACUGAUCACUAAUUAACAGUGUUGUAUGCAAUGGCGGACUGGGAUUCAUACAUAGUAGUAGGUACUUGUUUAGUAACUAAAUGAAAGGCAUUUGUGCAAGAAUAGUGAGAGGGUGGGGGUUUAACUGGAUGAGCACUCACACUUUGACACUUCAAGUGAGAGACUAUUCAAUACCACUUCUAAGCACUUCAAACACAUAUUUAUUUGCAGUGUAAUUUUUUUUUUUUAUUUUAAUUUUUUCUACUAAAUAUGAUACCCAACCCCAGAGGCAUAUUGGUCUGUGACGAAUUUAAAGAUAUACUGUACCAAUGUGCCACUGGUUGUAUUAGAGGACUCAAAGAUAAAACAAAAUAUAUUCUCUCUUGACCUUCCGUCUAGCUGGAAGGGCCACCUUUAUAAAGAUUUUUGAAAUAAAUGUUUUGAGUUGUCCUUGGUACAAAAAAAGCAGUCCUCAGACUUUUUUAGAUCUUUUGUUUGUUGUGCUCGGAAAACUCAGUUUAAAAAAAGAAAUAUUAUCAGACUAAGAUAUAACUACUUUGAUUUUAUUAUGUAAAGUAUAUAUUAUGUAUAACAAUGUGUUAUUUACUGUAAUAAAUCAUGAAUAUUAUACAAGUUGUAGC